AUGGAGAAGGGUGGCGUUCGGGUGGGCCACAGCAGCAUGGUGAGCAGAAUAUGCACACUCGCCCUCCUUCAGCCCCCGAGGUCCCGCAUGCAACAAAUCUCAGGGGCGCAACACCUCCAAUCGUCCCUCUUAUGUCACGAUUUUCUCUGGGUUGGUCUGUGGUGGCGGCCUUCACCGCUGGACGACGUCGUCGUCAGGCUCUUCCCCCGCCUCGCCGGCGCCUUCUUCUUCCUCGCCCGCUCCGGCCAUGUCGUCGGCCGAGGAGCAACAGCAGCAGCAGCAGCGAAUGCACCAGCGCGUGCAGCAGACCCUCGACAGAACCACCCUCGCCUCCCGCGAACGAAUCAAGCGAUGGCUGGACCGAGUGAGCCGAAGGCAGCCGGGUGCUGCCGUCAGCGCAGCGCCUCCGCCGCCGCCGCCGCCCUACUACCGCCAGGGCGUAUUCGAGGGCACGCACCUCAAGCGACGACUCCUCCCUCCUACCGCCACUUCCUCUUCGUCUUCCUCCUCUUCCUCUUCUUGAUCACUCGAGUGGUGCUGCCUCUUCGAAGGCUAGGCUCACAGUUAGGGCUGCUGACGUCAUCAUAA